AUGUCAUAAUUUUGCAGAGUACCGAAAAAAAUCCAAAAUCACAAAUUCUCCAAAGAAAACACUUGUACGCGUUGUUUUACUACGCUUUGUUGAUUUGGUGAUAUCCCCUAUUUUAUAUAAUUGUGGGUGGUGUGGUCUGAGAGGAAUGACAAAAAGGUCAAUCAAGGUCCUUUGAGAAAAGAAAAAAAAAACCCUUUACAAUUCUUGAAAUUUAUUCAAGUAAUAUUCAAAACUCCGUCGCACAAUAAUUAACCAUGUCUGUUAUCAGAAAUUCGAAAUUACCAAUUUUGUUCUCAAGAUUGACUACAAAUUUGGGAACAUUUACCCGCCUACAGUCGAUGAACUCUGCUAAAAUAGAUAACCAGUAUGACCUUGUGGUUGUGGGUGGGGGCAUUGUUGGUGUGGCAUCAGCACGUGAGAUACUUUUGCGAAACCCUCAUUUGAAAAUCGCUGUGUUAGAAAAGGAAAGAAAAUUAGCAUUCCAUCAGAGUGGUCACAAUAGUGGGGUGAUUCAUGCCGGUAUUUACUAUAAACCGGGCUCACUCAAGGCUAAAUUAUGCGUUGAAGGGUUAAAGUUGUCUUACAAAUACUUGGACGAACGAAAUAUACCCUACAAAAAGGUUGGCAAGCUUAUAGUUGCUACUGACCAGGAAGAAGUCGGUCGAUUGCAUGAUUUGCAUGAACGUGGAAUCAAAAACGAAGUACCUGACCUGCAAAUGAUUGAUGGUUCAAAGAUUCCUGAAAUUGAACCUUAUUGCAAGGGUGUCAAGGCUCUGUGGUCGCCACAGACGGGAAUAGUUGAUUGGGCAUUGGUUACAGAAUAUUAUGCCACUGAUUUUAAACAAGCUGGAGGAAAAGUCUUCCUCAACUUUAAAGUUAAUAAAUUCAAUGAGACACCAACUAAUGCCGAAUAUCCGGUGACAAUUCAGGGAACUAUGGCUCACCAGCGUAUUCAGACACGAUAUGUUCUGACCUGUGGUGGUCUACAGUCGGAUAUUCUGGCUGGAUUGACGGGUUGUUCGAAAGACCCCAAAAUCGUGCCAUUCCGAGGGGAAUAUCUCCUAUUGACACCGGAGAAAUGUCACAUGGUUAAGGGGAAUAUAUACCCGGUGCCGAAUCCGAAACUGCCUUUCCUUGGAGUUCAUUUUACACCUCGAAUGGAUGGCAGUGUUUGGCUGGGACCAAAUGCUGUGCUAGCUUUUAAACGAGAAGGAUACAAGUGGGGUGACAUCAAUCCUUUCGAACUUGCUGAUGCUCUGAGAUAUCCCGGUUUCAUUAAGAUGGCAAUGAAGAACAUCACAUUUGGACUAUGUGAGAUUUCAAAAUCUGCAUUCAUCCCAUUGCAAGUGAAGGAUUUACAAAAAUACAUACCCAAUAUAAACGAAUAUGAUAUUUCGAGAGGACCAGCUGGUGUUCGAGCUCAAGCACUCGAUAUCGAAGGCAAUUUGGUAGAUGAUUUUGUAUUUGACAAAGGCACGGGAAGUGGAGCUUUGUCUCAGAAUGUAUUGCAUUGUAGGAAUGCUCCAUCGCCAGGAGCAACUAGUUCCUUAGCUAUUGCCAAAAUGGUAGCUGAUAAAAUUGAAAAAGAAUUUAAUAUACGAGCAUGAAGAUGAAAUAUGAAUAAUUAAUUUUUUGCAACGACUUGCAGAGCAAGAUUUAUGAUUUUUUUUUUGUAAAAUGUUUUUAAUUUUAUUGAAAUUGUUGUUUUUAUUAACUAAAUGAAUC